UACUUUCGCUGUAGUGUAGUGUUGUGCUGUGCAGUGUGUCCCUGUUCGGUUGCCUGGGAAGCCCCUAGUCCGGAGUGGAGCUGCCAACGCCCGACGUGAAGACAUCAGUGGGAGAUACGGUAUUGAAUGAUUUGUGAAGAAUGCAGACCAUCAAGUGUGUUGUCGUUGGGGAUGGUGCCGUGGGUAAAACCUGCCUGCUCAUCUCAUACACUACCAACAAAUUUCCCUCAGAAUAUGUACCGACAGUGUUUGAUAAUUAUGCCGUAACCGUAAUGAUUGGAGGUGAGCCCUACACACUGGGCUUAUUUGAUACUGCAGGUCAGGAAGACUAUGACAGGUUACGACCUCUGAGUUAUCCCCAGACAGAUGUCUUCCUUGUGUGUUUCUCCGUCGUGUCUCCCUCAUCAUUUGAAAACGUAAAAGAAAAGUGGGUUCCAGAGAUCACACACCAUUGUCCAAAGACCCCCUUCCUGCUGGUUGGCACUCAGAUUGACUUACGAGAUGACCCCUCAACUAUCGAGAAGCUGGCAAAGAACAAGCAAAAACCUAUUACUCCAGAGACAGCAGAGAAACUUGCAAGAGACCUCAAGGCUGUGAAGUAUGUGGAGUGCUCAGCCCUCACCCAGAAAGGCCUAAAGAAUGUGUUUGAUGAGGCGAUAUUGGCUGCAUUGGAGCCCCCAGAGCCCAAGAAGAAGCGCAAAUGUGUGCUGCUAUGAAAAGCGUCUUUUUCAAAGCAUACGCAUCUAACACAUACUCUUGCAUACAUACUGCCCCCACCCAACCACAUUUCCAUUCCUCUGCUAAGGCUGAUAGACAGCACUGACCUCCAAAGGCAUGACGAGAACGAUUUCAGUCAACCAAGUUUUAACUGUCUCCGCAAUAAGAAGCUUCACCCCGAAGUCUGAUUUGGGGGUAGAAGAUCAGCCUAACCAGCAGGUUAUGCAGGCUUUGCACAGACUGCCAUUGCCUCUGAUGGGGAUUCAGAUACCAAGCUUAUUAUGUACAUGUAGAAUUAAAGUUGAGCUUUUAAGUAGAUUGCUCUAAAUGCAAUCGGUGUUGUGGCCAAAUCGACCUUUCAAAUGCCCAACCGUGUAGUUGUCUUCAGCCAUUGUGGAGCCCUGCCCCCACCCUUCCUAGUUGCCCGGGCACCACCGGAGGAAAUGCUUCCAUGACCAUUUCCCUCUGCAGUUCCUGGUGCUCAUGUUUUUGUUUGCCAACACCCCAAACACACGAUAGUUGGACAAAUGAUAUUUAUUACUUGUUCCACGCAAUUAACCACAAAGGCAAGUGUGUUGGUCUGAAUGGACACUUAAAUUGACGCAAAACAGUUAAUAGUCCACUCUGAGUAUGAAUUCAUUUAUCAGCUCACAUUCACUCUUAUUUAUCUGGAGUUGUUCACGGUGAAGAGAUGACUAGCUCAAAUAUGAAAUAUUGCCACAUUAAAUUUACCCUUAAAUACAGGGAAGUUGAACAGUGUUAGAAAAAGUGUACUCUUUAUGCAUUGCAUGGGACCAAGGGAGAGUGCAACAAGAUCUUCAGCCCAUGUAACCCUGUCAUCUUACACUUAAAAUUGGUAGCGCAAAGCAAAAUCUGCCUCAUUUACUGGCACCAAUAGACACGACUAACAAACACAAGGUUCGCUACACUUCUUUAGAGGUGGCACACCAACUCCUUUUGUAGCCUUUAAGACUGGGGGUUGUGAGUGCCGGCCUUCGUUCUUGUGUGGUGUUUGAAAGAAUUUCCAACAUUCCGAAAAGACUUAAAUUCACCGGAGGAAUCAAUACACGUGAAUAAUUUGCAUACACCCUGCGAUGGAUUGGCAAUCCAUCCAGGGCGUUGUCCACCUCGAGCCUAAAGUCAGAUGGGACAUGCUCCAGCUCAGCCCCACCCCUAAUGAGAAUAAACCCCAUAAAAAAUGGAUGGGUAGAUAUAGCUGACCCUUUUGGUCUCUCAGGUACAGCUGAGUAAAUUGGCUGUGAGAUGGCACACAUUGAUGUAGGAUCCUGUUUUUACCCAAAUAUUUUCUUUGGCAACAAUGUAUGUCUGUCUUGCUCUCCCUCCCAAUUGCUUCAUAAUACAAACGUUUGAAUUUAUACCUGCCAUUCUUUACCAAGAAAACCACUGCUUGGUUUUGCCGAAUAACACCUCUUUAUGGCAGAGAGACUGGUUGAUGAAGAUUUGGUUGGUUCUUUUACUGGUGACUUAGAGUUGGGUUAACAUGCAGCCCAAGUAUCAUUGUUAUUAUAACCUGUUGUUUUUUUGGUGAAAAACCAAUUGCUUUUGUCAAAGGUCUUUGUUCUUUGUAUAAUGCAUUCUUAAAAAUAUUAAACUUAUACCUUAAUUGCCUUUACCACUUUAA